AUGUCGAAUGAAGACGCGAUUGAGACAAUUAUAGGAGCAUUCGGGAAAUACCAGACCUGGAUAGCUAUUUUAAUAAUAAUCGGCCGAUAUCCCGUCGAAUAUCAGUUGACCAAUGUUGUAUUUAUUAUGCCAAGUGUUGAAUAUAUUUGCUUGGACGAAGGUGCAAUGAACGCAACGAAUUAUUGCCCUUGUGAGAAUCCUAAAUACGAUACGAGUACCAUUGUAAGCUCAGUGACCACAGAAUGGGAUUUGAUAUGCGAUAGAUCAUCUCUUGCAUCUUUGGCGCAAUCUAUGAUGCAAAUUGGUAUUGUGCCCGGAAGCGUGAUCUUUGGACACAUUUCUGACCGGUAUGGCCGUAAAAUAGCAUCAAUACUAUCUUUAUUCUUUCAAGUAGUAAUAGUUGCCAUAUCGGCUGUAGUCCCUGAGUAUUGGAUGUUUCUCGUUUGCCGAUUUGCUAUUGGAAUAACUGUUGGCGGAACAAUGCUAUGUACCUACGUCCUAAAAGUUGAAUUAAGUGGGAAAUCUUUUAGGCCAUAUCUAGUGGGUCUAGCAGAAGUUGCCUUCGUUACCGGAUACAUGACACUUCCAAUAAUAGCAUACUUUGUUAGAGAAUGGAGAACCUUGCAACUCGUAACUUCUCUUCCUUGGCUCUUUAUUGGAUUCUACUACUGGUUAAUUCCAGAAUCGCCACGAUGGCUUAUAUCGGUUGGCAAAAAACAAGAAGCAAUCAAAGUACUAGCCUACAUCGCUAAAAAAAAUAAUCGACCUACAGAUAACAUAGAAUCCAUUAUUGAUAAAAUCGAGGACGAAAAACCUGGAUCAAUGAUGGAUCUUUUCAGAACACCAAAAAUAAGAGUCUACACUGUAAUAGCGGCAAUAGUUUGGAUGCUGUGCGCACAUACGCAUUUCGGCAUUAACCAAUACAUAGGACGGCUUCAAGGAAAUGUCUAUCUGAACGUGUUUAUCUCAGCAUCGUGCCUAAUACCAGCGACUAUUUUGGUUGUUGUCGCUACUCUAUACUUCAGAAGAAAAAUAAGCAUUGUGACCAAUUUUACCCUAGUUGCACUAUCAUUGAUUGUGAUUAUAUUUAUACCGGGUGACUUAACUGCAGUAAGAAAUGCCUUUGCAAUUAUAGGUCAGGCAGGCGCAUUUACAUCUUUUGUUCAAGUAUAUUUAUAUUCUUCGGAAAUUUUCCCUACAGUGAUUCGAAAUUCGGCUAUGGGUUUCGCUUCAGUAUUCGCCCGAAUUGGAGGGUUCGUCGCUCCGUUCGUCGUUAAUAUAGGAAUCGAAUGGAUCUCCAUCACGAUAUUUAGCAGUUUGGCUUUAUGCGCAGCUGGUUUGUGUUGUUUCUUCCCAGAAACCAAAGAUAUUACUUUAAUAAAUACAAUUAAAGAGACCGAACGAGCUCAAGAUAAAAGACAAGACCAGCGGCUGUGA